AUGUCUACUCUUGUUUCGGGUACCCCGUCGUUCAAUGAUCAAUCUCACGCAUACCCAACUUUAGCUUCCAUUAAUACACCCGUCUCACUCACUUCCUUUGAAAUCAUUCUCUUGCUUUGGCCACCCUACCUCCUUACCGUUGACCUAAGCGUUCUUCUCGAUCCCACAUACAAUCAGCGCAAAAACCAUCCUCGUUCUCAGAAUUCGUUUAUUCUUUUUCGCAGAGAUUUUGAAGGCCAACUACGCGCACGAUUUCCCGAUAAAUCAUAUACCAUUCAUGAAGUUUCAAAGCUUGCCGGGAAUCAAUGGAAGAUGCAACCCGACCUGGUCAAAGCGUACUUUGGUGUCCUUUCUAAAUUGGCUCAAGAGCGACACAGGCUCGCCUUUCCCGAUUAUGUUUAUAAACCGAAAAGAACUGGACAGAGAAGAAGGGUUGGGGAACUGUCGUUCAGAAAUAUGGAUAGAGAUACGUUUGUAAGUCGAAACAACAGAGUGCGUGCGCGUAGAACCGUCAGAAAUGCCAAUACGUGCAGCACCGUUCAAAACGUAGACUACCGAGCAGAUGAGAGUCACAUGACUACUGUUGUGUCAAUUGAGAGUAACGUGGAUACCGUCAUGUGUGAGAGUACAAAUAAUGACACUUGCCUUGAGAGCUCAACCCAGGAAAGCAACAAUUAUCUAACAACAUCGAUGUACAAUGAUACAAUAUCUAUCGAAUUGCCAAGUCCAGAGAACUCUUGUGACGACAUCACAGGCAUCGACAACUCGGUACUUUGUCAACACUCCGCUUAUGAUCCCUUCACAUUUCCCAUUCCUAAUCUUUUCUCAAGUACUGAUAUGUUUGAGACGAUGGUGUCCGCUUCAUCGGAUCACACAUAUAAUAUGGACUUUUUUAAUAUCAAUACCCAAACGGCUGAAAAUGACGUACAAACAUGGCCAGCAGAAUU